UCAAUAAAAUUCCGUAUAUAUUCCAAUUUCCAUCCCCAAGGUUUUUGCAAUUUUUGUUCUAAGCAAUUCGUUCCAAUUCAAUUCUACCAAUCCGUUUGUUCUUCAAAUCUCUGCUCAAAUUCUUUUCUCCAUCUACUUGAUCUUCUUCAGCUUUGUUUGUAAUUCGUUAAUGGCGGGAAAGGGAGAAGGUCCGGCCAUCGGUAUCGAUCUCGGUACCAUUUACUCUUGUGUUGGAGUUUGGCAGCAUGAUCGUGUUGAGAUUAUUGCCAAUGAUCAGGGUAAUCGGACGACGCCGUCGUAUGUUGCUUUCACUGACACCGAACGACUCAUCGGCGACGCUGCCAAGAACCAAGUCGCUAUGAAUCCUCUCAACACCGUCUUUGAUGCGAAGCGGUUGAUCGGAAGGAGAUUCUCCGAUCCCUCAGUCCAGAGCGACAUGAAAUUAUGGCCAUUCAAGGUAAUCGCCGGUCCAGGAGACAAACCUAUGAUUGUCGUCUCUUACAAAGGCGAAGAGAAGCAAUUCGCGGCUGAAGAAAUCUCUUCCAUGGUCCUUACAAAAAUGCGUGAGAUAGCAGAAGCUUACCUCGGUUCCUCCGUGAAGAACGCCGUCGUCACCGUUCCUGCUUACUUCAAUGACUCUCAACGUCAGGCCACCAAGGACGCCGGAGUCAUUGCCGGUCUUAACGUCAUGCGGAUCAUCAACGAGCCUACAGCUGCAGCCAUUGCGUAUGGACUCGACAAGAAGGCAAGCAGCGUUGGCGAGAAGAAUGUUCUGAUUUUUGAUCUGGGUGGAGGAACAUUCGAUGUCUCUCUCCUCACAAUUGAGGAAGGGAUUUUUGAGGUGAAAGCAACCGCCGGUGACACCCAUCUUGGCGGUGAGGAUUUUGACAACAGAUUGGUUAACCAUUUUGUUCAGGAAUUCAAGAGAAAGCAUAAGAAGGACAUAAGUGGAAAUCCAAGGGCUCUCAGAAGAUUAAGAACUGCUUGUGAGAGAGCCAAGAGAACCCUUUCAUCCACUGCCCAAACUACAAUCGAGAUUGAUUCUUUAUAUGAAGGUAUCGAUUUCUACACAACCAUAACUCGUGCUAGAUUCGAAGAACUCAACAUGGAUUUGUUCAGAAAGUGUAUGGAGCCAGUUGAGAAAUGUUUAAGAGAUGCAAAGAUGGACAAAAGCUCUGUUGACGAUGUUGUUCUUGUUGGUGGUUCCACGAGAAUUCCUAAAGUGCAGCAGCUAUUGCAAGACUUCUUCAAUGGCAAGGAACUAUGCAAGAGUAUCAAUCCUGAUGAAGCAGUUGCUUAUGGAGCUGCUGUCCAAGCCGCCAUCUUGAGUGGUGAAGGAAACGAGAAAGUGCAAGACCUUCUUCUUCUGGAUGUUACUCCUCUGUCCCUUGGUUUAGAAACUGCAGGAGGUGUAAUGACGGUUUUGAUUCCAAGGAACACGACGAUACCGACAAAGAAGGAGCAAGUCUUCUCUACUUACUCAGACAAUCAACCUGGUGUUCUUAUUCAAGUCUAUGAAGGUGAAAGAACAAGAACCAAAGAUAACAACUUGUUGGGCAAGUUCGAACUUUCAGGCAUUCCUCCAGCUCCAAGAGGUGUUCCUCAGAUCACUGUUUGCUUCGACAUCGACGCCAACGGUAUCCUAAACGUAUCUGCCGAGGAUAAAACAACUGGACAGAAGAACAAAAUCACGAUUACGAAUGACAAAGGAAGGUUGUCGAAGGAAGAGAUUGAGAAAUUGGUUCAGGAAGCAGAGAAAUUCAAGGCUGAGGAUGAGGAACACAAGAAGAAAGUCGAAUCCAAAAAUGCUUUGGAAAACUAUGCAUACAAUAUGAGGAAUACUAUCAGAGAUGAAAAGAUUGGUGGCAAACUUGCUCCAGCAGAUAAGAAGAAGAUUGAAGACGCCGUUGAACAGGCUAUUCAGUGGUUAGAUAGCAAUCAGCUGGCUGAUUCGGAUGAAUUUGAAGACAAGAUGAAGGAGCUUGAGUCAAUUUGCAACCCCAUCAUAGCCAAGAUGUAUCAGGGCGGUGCCGAUAUGGGCGGUGCCACCAUGGAUGAUGAUGCUCCGUCCGGUGGCAGUGGCGCCGGUCCAAAGAUUGAAGAAGUUGAUUAAAUGUUUCUUUUUUUCUUUCCCCCUUAAGUUUGUUCAAGCUUAUGAUAAUGUUUUGUGACUGCCAUUUCCGAUUCGAUCAAAGCUUGAAGCUUCGAUGUUUUUCAUGUAAUUUUUCUUUUCGCUGUUUGAAGUAUAAUUCUCUCUUAUAAAAAGUUGCCGCAGUCAUAAUUUCUGUCUCAAAUGGUAUUAAAAUUUUCAUCGAAA